GCUUAGCUUGAGGACAGGUAGCAACAUCAGCUGAGGUGUGAGUAAGAAGAUUGGAGUGAAAUUUGAGUGGGCAGUGCAGUGGUAAUGGCUAAGGAGGAGGAGGAGGUUCCAGCAAUCUUGGUGUUGGCCUCUCCAUUUGGGAUCGACCUCAAAGCUCAAAACCCUCCAAAAUACCGUUUUCUCGAGGCCUUCUCUUCAAACCUCCCACUCCUCCAAUUCCUCCAACAACAACAAACCCUCCCUCCCUCUGUCCGCGCUAUUAUCUGCAACGCGCUAAAGCCGGUCACUGCUGACGUCAUCCGGUCACUCCCUUCGCUCGACUUGGUAGUCACCGCCAGCGCCGGUACUGACCACAUCGACCUCACCGAGUGCCGCCGCCGACGCAUCCAGGUCGUCAACAUCGGUGGACUGUUCGCCGCCGACGUUGCUGACAUGGCCGUCGCUUUGCUCAUUGACGUUCUGUUCAAGAUCUCCGCCGGUGACCGCUUCGCUAGGAAUUGGGGUCUUUCUAAGCCGUUGGGUUUCCCUUUCGGUUCAAAGUUAGGAGGCAAGCGAGUUGGAAUUAUUGGAUUGGGAAGAAUUGGUGGGGAAGUUGCUAAAAGGCUAGAAGCCUUUGAUUGCAUAAUUAAGUACCAUUCAAGGAACAAGAAUCCAUCAGUAUCAUACACUUUCUACUCCAAUGUGGUUGAUCUUGCCUCUAACAGUGAUGUUCUUGUUCUUUGUUGUCCAUUAACUGAGCAAACAAGGCACAUAAUCAACAAGGAAGUGAUGUUAGCAUUGGGGAAGGAUGGAAUCAUCAUAAAUGUUGGAAGAGGAGCUUUAAUUGAUGAAAAGGAAUUGGUGCAGUGUUUGGUGAAAGGGGAAAUAAGAGGUGCUGGUUUGGAUGUGUUUGAGGAUGAGCCUAAUGUUCCUAAAGAGCUAUUUCCAUUGGACAAUGUUGUCCUUUCACCACAUGCUGCUGCUUUGACAUUAGAUGGUUUCAAGGAUUCAUGUGACUAUGUGACAAAGAGUUUAGAUACCUUCUUCUCAAUUAAACCUCAAGUUUCUAAAACUAAACUCACAUGUGACUAAAGUCUUUUUUCUCUGAACUUAACCAUGCUUUGGAGUUAAGUUAGCUUCCUAUCAAACAUUGAAGCCAGCCAAUUUCAGGAUUCUACUACCCAAGAGGAAGAUGAUAGGAUCCAUUUGCUUUUAUGGUAUUUGUAAUUGAAAUAAGGCCUCUGUCUCACUCUUGCCGUUGGUCAAACACUUUGACCAAAUCAUGUCUUCAGCUUUUAUUGUAAGAACUAAGAAGUGAUUUCAAUGUUUGACGAAAUAUUCUUGUGUAUAUAAUUUAAUGUUAUGUUCAUUUUAGUAA